UGCUGCCCGGGUCCCGAUUGGCGCCGCGCGGCGCCGCCCGGCCCCCGCUAUAAGGCGGAGGCGCGGGCGGGGAAGGAGCUGCCGCGGCCGCGGCGAGGCUGGUGGGGGAAGAGCAAGAAGGAAGACUUGCCAGACAAGAUCCAAAACCAGUGUGACCUUCGCCUUUAAUAAGGUGAUUCAGAAACUGUGUGUGUAGAGGACUCCUAGCCAGAGCUGCUUGCUGCAGAUGCUUAAUACCUGACUUUAUAUAAGGUGCUGGCUCCCAAGUCCCUGAGUGGGAAGAGGAUAUGCCUGAAGGAAGGAUGCCUGCACUUUGUCAUUGAGAGGAGUUUGAAGAUGCAUCCAGACUGAUAGUGAGAACAGAAAAAUCUUCUGAAGAGUACAGCCUGAACUAUUGGCCAUGUCCAUCACAGAUCACAGCCCCAGCACGGGAGUGGUGACUGUCAUCGUUAUCCUGAUUGCUAUUGCGGCUCUGGGAGCCCUGAUUCUGGGCUGCUGGUGCUACCUGCGGCUGCAGAAGCUCAGCCAGUCUGAGGAUGAGGAAAGCAUUGUGGGUGAGGGAGAAACCAAAGAGCCCUUUCUGCUGGUGCAGUACUCUGCUAAAGGACCCUGUGUGGAGAGGAAAGCUAAGCUAACUCCAAAUGGCCCAGAAGUACACAGCUAACUCAGAGCAACACCUGCAGAUGGGCUGUGCUCAUGACGUGUAACCAGCAGAAGCAUCUCAAUACUGUGAAGAACCUGGUCACGUGCACACUACUCAUCAGAAAACACCCUGAUGAGAAUUAAAUUAGCUUUGUUUGCAACUGCAUGCACUGAGAAGUUGCACUCUGCAUCAGCUGUGUAUCCUAAUUCCUCUGUGGUAGAAGCUGACUGGCCUAGUGUAAUGUCCAUUGCUGGCAAUGGGCACAGGGAUAUACUGGUGUGAAGAGACUACUACUGGAUUUUGUUACUUGAAUGUUUAGCUGAGUCUGUUUUGAUGGAGCUACUACUGUAAUGUGAACUACUUUUCAACUGUGAACUGUAAAUAGGCUGCCAGAAACUUCUUGCUUUGUGUUCUGUAGCAUAAAGGAAUAUGAUGCAACUGUAUAUAAUAUACAGGGACUCCUGAACCACUACCAUGGAUGGGACUCCAGACCUUCAAAACCAGAUCUGCAGUUAAAGCUUGCUUCUGCUACUAGAUUGAGUGUGCAGCCAGAACUCCUCCUUUGAACAGUUUACUGGACUGAUGCAGAGUACUUCAUUUAAAAAGAAGGGAUCAGUCUUCAGUAAUAUGCUGAAUUAGGAAACAUAGGAGCAAGAAAGGAAAAGAUGCUUUAGCUGCAGCUAUGUUGGUUAAGUUUUUGGCUGCUAGGACUGAGUUCUCUAUGUAGCUACUGCUAGGAAACUGCCAUUUUGAUGGGUUCCAGCCUGGGAACUUAUGAUGGAUACUGAACCCUCAAAGUCCAGAUGGUUUCCAGGUGUUUGAAAUGGUAGUAGAACAGGCUUCUGUCUUCCACAGGUCUGUGUGCUGAAACUGCAUAAGUGGUUACAUAGCAAAACUGGCUUAAGUGCAACUAAUAUAAAUUCUUGCUAGAACUGGUUUGUGUACUUAGGAUGUAUGUUAACAGCCUGUUACAAAAAGGCAUUUUGUAAUACAUACAGCCAGACAACUCUAGAAUUCAGUUAAUGUAUCUAACUUUUGAUGGAACUGUAUUACAACAGUAGUCUUUUCUAUUGUUGACAGGGGCAAGGGUUAUUGCUGCUCAGUUUGUAGAAGUUUUUAGCUAGCAAUGGCCAAGGCCUUCCAGAUAACACAUUUCCUGCUCUGUGGGAAGUUCUGGACUGCAAAGGUUUGGGGAGAGAAGGAACAACACUGAGCAGCCAAUGGCAGCUUAUGUAUUCUUAAAUUCUUUGUGUAGGCACACAUGUUUAGAGGUCACUGGCCUGUUUUCUAUUACUUUAUACAUGGCCUCCUUUGCAUACUGAUGUUUUUAAACACUUAAUUGCCUAGCCUUAAUUCAGCUCCAGAGGAAGCAUUAGGCUUGCUUCUUGUACUUGUACAUAUGGAAUAACUUAAGGCCUAGCAAGCUUGCUUGAGAAUUUCAACUAUAUGCAAGACAAGAAUGGCCUAGACAAAAAGUUGUCCCCUUCUACACUAAGAUGUCGAAUUGCUUUGUUAGUGCUGAAAGCUGUAAUUUGAAGCAAAAAAGUGCUGUCAGUAGUAAAAAGUUCCUGCUGUUGCCUCUUGAGUACAAAUAUGGGGUACAGCUGAUAAUGUUCUUACCCUGACACAUGCUUUUUAAAAUACUGCUCUCAAGAGACCUGCAUGUAGAGUCAGACCAGUCCACUUAAAUUACUGUAUUUGAGACCUCUUAAAAGCAAAGAAUAAAAGGAUUAAUCCAGUAAGACUUCCUCUAGUUUGCAGUAGAGAACAAUUCACACAUGGCUCUUGUGGUUUCCAGACAAUCAGAAUACCAGUAUACAAAAGUGAUACAAAGUGCUGAAGCUUGAACAGAACAGUUGUAGCAAGAUGACUUUGUCCAUUCAAGUUUACUGAUUACACAGAUGAAGUAUCUAUUUUAAUUCAGCAAAGAGAAUGCAGUGUAAAGGGCAAAUUUCAGAAAUUAUGGAAAAGUAUAAACCAAAGGUCUGAUUUCCCUUCUAGCAGCUGUAAAAGAAAGCCAGUGAAAACUAACUGGUCCUUAGUCAGAGGUGCUGCAUACUGCUGCCCCGACAAACCAGUAGCUUUCAUUUAAAUGGAUAGGUGUUUGCAAGUUAGUGCAAUAGUAAAGUGCAGAAAGUGUUUUCCAUUCUCCUCUUCUCUUAAGAUGGGGGUAUCUAAUAAGUUGUUCAAGUGUACAAAAAUAUUCCAUUUGAUUUUUCUUUUACUAGAUCAUGUGGGGGGAAGUCUUUAUUUACAAUGAAUGUCAAUAAAAUUUGCAUAAAUACCUA